GGUACUUCUCCCGUUCUUCCAAGGCAUGCGGGGAAAAGUCAAGUUAUUUGCCCCAAUUUUCAUGUCUUCAUUUGAUUUGAGUCGUUUUCAGCGAAUGUGCGACUUGGGAGGAGGUACUGGUAACGUUGCCUACGCUGCUUGUAUGGCCUACCCUAACAUGAAGAUCACGGUGCUCGAUUUACCAUCAGUCGUACAGAAUGCACCACACUUUAGACCUUCCAUCCACGAGUGUCCAAACCAACACAAUGUCACUUUUGUGGCGGGAGACUUCUUUGAGCCCACUCUACCAGCCGCUGACCUAUACGUGUUGACUCAUAUUCUACAUUUGUUUACUGAUGACAAGGUGGACACUCUGUUGGCAAAUAUAUUUGCCAACCUCCCAUCAGGUGGAGGUGUUUUGAUUGGAGAAGUCCUUCUUUACGAUGACAAGUUAGGUCCAUUAUACAGUCAGUACAUGUCUCUGGUCAUGCUUUUGGCAUUUGAUGGACGUGAGAGGUCUGGACUGGAGUACAAGCAGCUGUUGGAGAAACAUGGUUUUAAGGAUGUCCAAUGGAAGUACACCCACACCAACAGUCUUGAUGCUGUCUUGGCUAUCAAACCUUGAACUUAUCUUCUUGUUCAAUGCAUUCUAAUCUAUAAGUGAUUUAUGACUCAGUACA